AACUCACAGCUAGCAUCAAAGCAGCUGUUAGCCACAGCUAGCAUCUCAUUAGCUGUUAGCCACAGCUAGCAUCACAGCAGCUGUUAGCCACAGCUAGCAUCACAGCAGCUGUUAGCUGAAUCUGUUCAUGAUGGGACACAUGAAGACAAACUUCCUGUUUCUCAGUAAUAUUUAUUGUCUUGUAUUAUAUUCAUUAUAUUUAUCUAACGGAGUAAUCUUUAGUUAAUCAUAAUUAUUCUGUGGAUGGUUGAUGUGUCACUGAAGUGAGAGGUGGUUAACGAGCAGAGAACGCAGCCUCUUUUUUCCGUGUUCGUUCCAAACGCUCAACUUCUCAGAGAGUCGCUGUUGACAUCAUCGCCGCUCUUUUCCAAACGGAUGAUAUUCUCUGUAGUUUUGUCUCCUACAGAUCGUGUCUUCUACUCUCAUCCUCCUCGCUUCGCGUCUGAUCGGGAACGGAGCAGCGUCGGUCAUAUAGCGGCCGUUAGUAACAGACUGUUGUCAUGGAGACAGGAGAGGAGCGCUCUCAGAGUCACUCACAGUUAGUGGAGUUAUUUCAGAUUGUUGUUUCUUCAGGGAGGAAAGGAGGACACAGACGUCGCCUGCGGACCUACACGAGUCCGGAGGAGAUCGACGCUCAGAUGAAGGAGGAGAAGGAGAGGAAGGAGCAUGAACAGGAGCAGGAGGAGGCGGGAGCUGCUCAGAUUGACCAAUCAGAGGAGAAGCUUCCAGCAUCCGGUUCAGACGAUAGUGACAACGAAGACUCAGCGAGGAGGAGAGGCGGCGUGGAGGGUUUGAUAGAAAUCGAGAACCCGAACAGAGUCGCUCAGAAGUUCAAGAAGGUGACGCAGAUCGAGGUGGACGAGCCCAAACAGUUAUCAAGGAGAGAGAGAGAGGAGAUCGAGAAGCAGAAGGCGAAGGAGCAUUACAUGAAGAUGCACUUAGCGGGGAAGACGGAUCAGGCGAAAGCCGACCUUGCUCGUCUCGCCAUCAUCAGGAAACCGAGAAAGGAGGUUGCGAGGAGGAAAAAAAAGCUAAAGACGCAGCCUCAGCCCGAGGAAAAAACUUGCACAUACUGAAAUGAUGCAGACGACAGAAGCAGACGACAGACGACCAACGCAGACGACAGAAGCAGACGACCGAAGCAGACGACAGACGCAGACGACAGAUGCAGACGACAGACGCAGACGACCGAAGCAGACGACAGACCCAGACGACAGAAGCAGACGACCGACACAGA